AAUCAUUUUAUUAAUCAAUCACAAUCUGUUAUUACUGUCAUGUCAUUUUAAUUAAGACACGUUAUUAUGUCAUAUUAAGUAUUAUCUUUAAGUCGUAAAGCAGUCUUAAUUAGGUGGAAGUAUUUAUCUAAUAAGUUCCCUGUAAUGAGCUAAUAGGUCAAAAUGUUAUUCCUAAUUAGUCAUCGGUGCACUGAUACCGGCUCACAGCUUUGUCUUAUUUACUGUCAAUAGCCGUAUUCAAAACCGACGCAUAGUAAAAUGUCACCGUUAGCUGUCAUUGUCGAGUAAACAUUUUUAAUGAAGCUCCUGACUAGUUUCUGACUCAAUCUGAGUCCUUUACCAUAAAGUGACUCGGCGGUUGGAACUAGUCGGGAAGACCGAUAAACAUGCGUGAGUAAACCGUUGCAUAAUUUUAAUAUGAAUUGUCCACAUGAAAGUUACUAUAAAAUAUAAUUACAAAAAGACGUUGUACCAAUACGUAGUCAUUACCAUAAGAUUGAAAAAAAAAACUGAGAUUAGAGUGAAAAACUCUUAGUCGAUACCGGCUCAGUGGCGCCGCGCUUCUGCCGCGGCUGGUUUGCGCGUUAAUACCUAUGAUGCGUCAUGCGCUUUCACUUUCGCUUAGAACUGUACUGAGCUAGCGGUUCGCGAUGAACACCCACUUAUAUAUUAUUACAAUUAACAUAUUUUGAGUCUUAUUUUAUUUGUUCCGUUAGUAGGUCAGUAUAAUAUUUUUUUUAGAUCAAAAUGUUCGAACACAGUCGUAAUAGCAAAAAACUGAAAAAAAAACAUGAAAUCACUACGCACAGUGUACGUAAUUUUUGUUUAACACUUUGCGAUUGUCUAAGAUUGGUAUAUAAACAUUAAAGUGCACUGUCUGUCUGUCGAGUUGUGUGGUGGGUCACGUCAGCCUCAUUAACAGUCACCUCGUGCUUUCCCUUCCACGGCCGCGGCCCGCUCGCGCCAGUCGUUGCCGGACCCCCGACGCGGACCACACGUCUCCCUCUCGACACUUGUAUAUCGGGAUCGCGAGACACCCUGGACGCAGUGCAGUGUACAGUGAGCUAGUACUAGCUACCCGCAGAUCAGACCAGUAUGGAUUGCUACAAGAACCUGCUCGCGCUGUUGACGCUGUUGCUGUCGCUGCUGGUGGUGACGGACUCCACCAUCCCGCAGCCGCGCGCACCCAACUUCCAGUACUUCGAGAGGCCUAACUACCGAUACCCGUACUACGACGAGAACGGCAAGGGCAAGCUGCUGUACGGGUACGGCGGGCCCGAGCUCUACCAGUACAAGUCCUACUCGCCGCUAGAGGGCAUCUACUAACUAAACCACAAUACUUAGUUUCAAACUAACACGUUGAAUGUUCUAUUAAAUUAAAUUACGUAAGCGGAAAAUUAACGACAAUCCAUGUUGGAUUAACGUUUCAUGGCUUGACGUUCUACCAGGUCGCACUGGCUUUGGUCACAAACAGAUUUUACUUGCGGUCUGAAGCCUACGUGCGUUAUAGAAGUGCGCGUUAAUUUCCCGUUAACGUAAUUCAAUUUAAUGAUUUCAGUCUGCAUCGACUGAGACCAAGGCCAACUAUAGAUACUGUGUAAAAAGCAAACGCAUUUCCGAACAAUAAACUUAAUUAUAGUAUAGUCAGUAACAGAAGUCGGUUAACACAAAUUACUUGUAGGAAUUAAUUUCUUUAUCUUUUAUUCUAAGUUGUAUGUUUAAGGUUCCAAGUCUAUUCUGUUACCGUAUAGAACAAAAUUAACGAAUUACUUUUUAUCGUGCAUAGUUGUUUCGAAAUCUCAUUACGUGAAUAGUCUUCAGUCGCUGACUGUACUAAAUCCUAAGAAGGAAUCGCACCUACGUCUUAUUUUUGCGUUAGACCUAUGUAUCGGAGGAAAACUCUGUUCACUAGUUUAGCGAGUCGCUGUUAAUGAGCGCUAAACGAGAUCAUUGGUCGGCAUUGUAAGUUUUAUACAUGUUGUAAGUUGUUUAAGAGAUACAUACGAGGUUACGGGUUUCAGAAGGAUUACUUCGAACAGCGGACAAAAUGUCCACAAAAUGAUAAAGCUGCUCCUUUAUGAGUACUUAAUGUUGAGACAGUUCAAUAUCGCGUGAUUCAAAUAUUGUAAAUAUUAUUAUUUUUUAUAUUGUUGUAUAAUAAACAGGUAUACUUAAGUUAA